AUGUAUAUCGAAGACAAGAAGCAAGAGUUUUUGACGUUUCAACAGGGUGACAUAUCAGUAAUAGAUUAUAAGAGGGAAUCCUCGAGACUCAGCAGAUACGCCUCAGAGUUUAUUCUAACUGAAGCUGACAGUUGUAAGAGAUUUUUGCAGGACUUGAUUGAGCGAGCUAAAAUGGUAGAACAAGUGUUGGGCUCCUAUAAAAAGACUGAAAGUGUUCGACCAGCUGGGAAGUGUACGAGAACUACUAGUUUGAAUCCUCAGCCGAAAAGACCAAAAGAAUCUCAGGGUGGUUGGAUAUUUAGUUUUAAAUCAAAUAAAUGCGGUAGAAAUAGUGGGAAACAAACAACAGUAUCUACUAGCAGUGUGAGAGAUCAUUUCAUUAGAGACUACCCAAAAACUGAUAGUGUUGUACCAGUAACAUCACAGAGAUCAGUAUCUACAGCUAGAGGCAGGGGAUCUGGUGAGGUAGUUCGGUUUCUAGAGGAGGAGGUGUUAGGAGAAGCAGUGACAUUGUUACCCAGCAAUCUGAGGCCAGAGUACCAGCCAGAGCUUAUAUGGUCAGAACUCGUGAAGAAGGCGAUGCUCAUGAUGUGGUAUCAGGAUUUUGAUAUAAUACUGGGAAUGGAUUGGUUAUCUGAACAUGGAGUGAUUUUGGACUGUUUACCUCCAGAUAGGGAAGUCGAGUUUGCUAUUGAGGUUUAUCCAGGCACAGCUCCAAUAUCUAUACCUCCAUAUCGAAUGUCACCUACAGAGUUGAAAGAGCUGAAGAUACAGUUGCAAGACUUAUUAGACCGUGGUUUUGUUCGACCGAGCUUAUCACCUUGGGGAGCUCCGAUAGCUUUGCCGAUGACCAAGCUGUUACAAAAGAAUGUACCAUUUGUGUGGGAUGAUCAGUGCCAAGAAAGUUUUGAAAAGUUGAAGCAAAUGUUAAUAGAGGCACCAGUUCUGACAUUACCAGAGUCGGGGAAAGAUUUUGUAGUGUAUAGUGAUGCUUCUUUAAGUGGUUUGGGUUGUAUACUGAUUAUCAGUGAUGAUGGGACUCUUUUGGCUGAAUUAAGAGUGAAGCCAGUAAUGUUUGAUCAAAUCAGAUCAGCACAGUUGAAAGACGAUAAGUUGUUGAAAAAGAGAGAGAUGAGAUAUAGGUCGGACCCUUCACAUAUCAUUUCCACUGAAGAAAUUGAAAUUCGACCGGAUCUAUCUUAUGAAGAAGAGCCAGUGCAAAUUUUAGCUAGAGAAGUAAAGGUGUUGAAAAACAAACGGGUUUCUUUAGUAAAAGUGUUAGAAAUCAUAAAAUGGAAGAAGCAACUUGGGAACCAGAAGAAAUGA